AUGACUCAGGUGGUCACCAAGUGCAAGGGCUCGCCUGGGGAGAGCGCGUGGACUGAGGAGGGCAGGAGUAUUGUCCCUUAUGGAAGCCCAGGUGAUCUGGGGGACCUGGGCAGGGGAAGAGGAGCCCGAACGGACGGAGCAGGAAUGCUCGGAGAGGUGGCUGCCUUUCUGCUCAAGCUGGUGCAGAACCUGUUUGCUGAGGGCAAUGACCUGUUCCGGGAGAAGGACCACAAGCAGGCCCUGGUGCAGUACAUGGAGGGGCUGAACGUGGCCGAAUACGCCGCCUCUGACCAGGUGGACCUGCCCCGGGAGCUGCUGUGCAAGCUGCAUGUCAACAGAGCCGCCUGCUACUUCACCAUGGGCCUGUACGAGAAGGCGCUGGAGGACAGCGAGAAGGCGCUGAGCCUGGACGCCGAGAACAUCCGGGCGCUGUUCCGCAAGGCGCGCGCCCUCAACGAGCUGGGACGCCACAAGGAGGCCUACGAGUGCAGCAGCCGCUGCUCGCUCGCCCUGCCCCACGAUGAGAGCGUCACCCAGCUCGGUCAGGAGCUGGCUCAGAAGCUGGGGCUGCGAGUUCGGAAGGCGUAUAAGCGGCCCCAGGAAUUGGAAACCUUUUCUCUGCUCAGUAACGGCACUGCGGCUGGCGCGGCAGAUCAGGGAACUUCCAAUGGACUGGGGUCCAUAGAUGACAUCGAGACAGACUGCUACGUGGACCUGCGAGGCUCCCCAGCCCUCCUCCCACGGACCCCCACGAUGCCCCUGUUCCCCCAUGUUCUGGACCUACCCAGCGAGCUGCCCCAGCUGAUACCCGUGUUCCCCGGCGCCCCGCUGCUGCCACCCGUGGUGGGGGGGUCCAUCCCCGUCUCCAGCCCACUGCCCCCCGCCUCCUUUGGCCUCGUCAUGGACCCCUCCAAGAAGCUGGCUGCCUCUGUGCUGGAUGCCCUCGACCCCCCGGGCUCCGCCUUGGACUCCCUGGACCUGCUGCCCUACUCAGAGACCCGCCUGGACGCCUUGGACAGCUUCGGGUCAACCCGGGGCUCCCUGGACAAGCCCAGCGCCUUCAUGGAGGACCCCAGCUCACAGGACCAUCGUCCCCCCAGUGGCACUCAGAAGCCAGCCCCCUCGCCAGAGCCCUCCAUGCCCAACACCGCCUUGCUCAUCAAGAACCCCUUGGCUGCCACCCACGAGUUCAAGCAGGCCUGCCAGCUCUGCUACCCCAAAACAGGCCCCCGGGCAGGCGACUACACCUACCGCGAGGGCCUGGAGCACAAGUGCAAGCGCGACCUCCUGCUCGGCCGGCUCCGGAGCUCCGAGGACCAGACCUGGAAGCGGAUCCGGCCCCGGCCCACCAAGACCAGCUUCGUGGGCUCCUACUACCUGUGCAAAGACAUGAUUAACAAGCAGGACUGUAAGUACGGGGAUAACUGCACCUUCGCCUACCAUCAGGAGGAGAUCGACGUGUGGACCGAGGAGCGCAAGGGCACCCUCAACCGCGACCUGCUCUUCGACCCGCUGGGGGGCGUCAAGCGCGGCAGCCUCACCAUCGCCAAGCUCCUUAAGGAGCACCAGGGCAUCUUCACGUUCCUCUGCGAGAUCUGCUUUGACAGUAAACCCCGGAUCAUCAGCAAAGGCACGAAGGACUCUCCCUCCGUCUGCUCCAACCUGGCUGCCAAGCACAGCUUUUAUAACAACAAGUGCCUGGUGCACAUCGUCCGCUCCACCUCCCUCAAGUACUCCAAGAUCCGCCAGUUCCAGGAGCACUUCCAGUUCGACGUGUGCCGCCACGAGGUGCGCUACGGCUGCCUGCGGGAGGACAGCUGCCACUUCGCCCACAGCUUCAUCGAGCUCAAAGUCUGGCUGCUGCAGCAGUACUCAGGCAUGACCCACGAAGACAUCGUCCAGGAAUCCAAGAAAUACUGGCAGCAGAUGGAGGCCCACGCGGGGAAGGCCAGCAGCAGCUUGGGUGCCCCGCGGACACAUGGGCCCAGCACCUUUGACCUGCAGAUGAAGUUCGUGUGUGGCCAGUGCUGGAGGAACGGGCAGGUGGUGGAGCCUGACAAAGACCUCAAGUACUGCAGUGCCAAGGCCCGGCACUGCUGGACCAAGGAGCGGCGGGUCCUUCUGGUGAUGUCCAAGGCCAAGAGGAAAUGGGUGUCAGUGAGGCCACUGCCGUCCAUUCGCAACUUCCCACAGCAAUACGACCUCUGCAUCCACGCGCAGAACGGCCGCAAGUGCCAGUACGUGGGGAACUGCUCCUUCGCACACAGCCCGGAGGAGAGGGACAUGUGGACGUUCAUGAAGGAGAACAAGAUCCUGGACAUGCAGCAGACCUACGACAUGUGGCUGAAGAAGCACAACCCAGGGAAGCCGGGGGAAGGCACCCCCAUCAGCUCCCGGGAAGGGGAGAAGCAGAUCCAGAUGCCCACGGACUACGCCGACAUCAUGAUGGGCUACCACUGCUGGCUCUGCGGCAAGAACAGCAACAGCAAGAAGCAGUGGCAGCAGCACAUCCAGUCCGAGAAGCACAAGGAGAAGGUCUUCACGUCCGACAGCGAUGCCAGCGGCUGGGCCUACCGCUUCCCCAUGGGCGAGUUCCGGCUCUGCGACAGGCUCCAGAAGGGCAAGGCCUGCCCGGACGGGGACAAGUGCCGCUGCGCCCACGGGCAGGAGGAGCUCAACGAGUGGCUGGACCGGCGCGAGGUGCUGAAGCAGAAGCUGGCCAAGGCCCGCAAGGACAUGCUUCUGUGUCCGCGGGACGACGACUUUGGCAAAUACAACUUCCUGCUGCAAGAGGACGGCACUGCUGGUGCCGCCCCCGAAGCCCCUGCUGCUGCCACGGUCCCCGGGGAGUAGGCAGGUCUGGCUUGUGGGUGAAGUCCUAGGGUCAGGGGUGUGGAUGGGAACAGAAGGCCUGGCGGAAGGGCCGGGGCAGCCUGGGGGUGGGGGUGGGGGGCGUCCUCAUCAGGCAGCCCCUGGCCCUGGAGGCCCUACCCAUCCCAUCUGCACCCACUACCCAGUGUGCAAGCCAGGUGCACGUGCUGCGGCCUCCAGGGGUCCCAGGGUCCUCACCCUGCUGGAGCCCUGGGCAGCUCCCUGCCCCCAGCCCCAGUGCCCCUGGUUGGACCCCUCCAGCUUCAGCUACAGCUUUAACUUCUGUCUGCUCCUGAGGGGGGCCUGAAGCUCAGGGCUGGGGAGCCUGGGGUCCCCACUUGAAUCUGCAGCAGGAGGGUCCUCUCUACCCACCUUCAUUCCACCCCCACCUCCCUGGGGACAGAUCAGGACAUAACAGAGGGUAGGAGGCCCCAGUUAGCUUUAAAAUGCAGCCCCAGAAUGGAGCUGGGACACGGUAUUGGUCACUUACCCCUCUGGGGCCUCAAUUUUCCCUCCGGUUGGAAGAGUGGGAGGGACUGGGGUCUGGCCCUUUAGUGAGGCCGCCAGCCCAGCCCAGCCCCUCUCAUUCUUGAACCACUGAAUGUAGAUUGUAGAUCCUCAGAGCCUUUGGUCAUGACCCAGCCCAAAGCCCCCAUUCUACAGACAGGAAAACUGAGGCCUAAAGGGAAGGAGUGAUCUACACAGGGUCUCCAUCCCACGGCAUGAGGUAGACCUGGGGUGCAAACUGGUCAGGAGACUCAGGGCCCGUCAUUAGGUAUGUGACCGCCUCUGCAUCAGUGUGCAGCUGGGGUCCCAGGCAGCGCCACCCAGGGGCUGGGGAAGGAAGCUCAGGGGUUUGGUCUUGUCAGCACGGAGGAGGGGAAGUCCUCUCCUGAGGAUGGCUGUGGGGAGCUUCCAGCAGAGGUCUCUUCCCACACCACUCAGGGACAGGUGGGAGGGGCAGGGAAUGAGGUACUGAGGUGAGGGGAUGCUGAGAGAAGGGAGACAUGCCCCUGGGGCAUCAUGGGCCAUUCUGGGACCAGACACAGCCCCUCUUUUGGGGGGACCCAGCAUGGUCCUCUCCCCCUUCUCCCUUAGACCCAGAAGUACAAUUAUGACUGUCUGUCCUGGCCCCUCCCUGCUCCCUGGCUCUGCCAGCUGCCUAGGACCCCAGCUGACCCCCCAGCCCCUGCUCCCACCCACCAAGCCCCUCUCCUGCCCUCGUGUAGCCUCAUGUCUGUGUGCACCCUCUGGUCUCCAUCCCACCCCCUGUGUGCAGGCCCCGUCUCCCCUGGUUCCCUAGACAUUCCAGAAUGCCCCACACCAUUGGCACAGAAGUGGGGCUCCCCCAGAAGGAACCAGGGACCAAGGCUGGGGUCGGGGGUGAGACGGAGAGAAUAGCGCACCCCUUACUUCUCCUCAAGCAAGGAUUGACAGCGUGUGAUGAUCCGAUGACGGGCACCCGGGCUGCAGAGAGGCCUGUUUCUCUCGCCACCACUGCCCACCCUUUCCCCAAUAACUGAGGCAUGCAUCCCUCCCUCCCCCUGCCCCUCCCCCCGCAGGCCAGCACUGCAGAGUGGGUGCUGGUGGCGUGGCUGGAGGGCAGGAGAGACCACACCCAGUGUGGGGGCCGUGGCCAUGAAUGUCAAUGACACUUGUUUUCCCUGGUCCGUGGUGUUGCCGUCUGUUGUCACCAGCCUUGUUUUUAGUGUGUAUAUAUGUCGCCCCCGUGAUGCAUAUAUACACAGGUAUUAAAUAUAUCGCUCUAUAUAAUAUUAUAUACGUGUGUGGUAUCCAACGAAUCACUUCUAUUGAGGGCUAAAGAUAAAGAAUUUGGCCAGAAAAUGCAGCCACCCUGGUGUAAUGUGGAGAGGUGUUCAAGGUCCUCGGGCCAUUUCCGGGGAUUCCGGGACUAGGGCCAGGGCCCGAGUUGACUGGGCACAGGGGCAGAGGUGGCUUUGCUGGGGCCCAGCUCUGCUGACAGCUUCAGCGCCCCCUCCUGGGAGCGAGCAGGAGUGCGCAGGGACAGCACAGGAUUGGUGUUUCUCUCUCCCCCAAGGGAAAAGGCUUAGAGUCCAGAUUUUUCUUCAACCCGUUUUCGUCCCAGGGCCUCCGGAUCCGGGCCUUCCUGGCCUGGCCGAGCUGGAUCCCUCGCAGGAGGCAGGAAGGGGCGGGGAGGGAAGCAGGAGUGCGCUGCUCGGAAGGAUGAGGGCGAUUAUUUCAGUUGUGAUCCUGACUGGGAGGCUCGGAGAGGGGAACCAGGGCCUGUGCCCGCCGCCAUCAGGCAGGGACAAGAGGUCAUGCAGCGUGGUGACCGGGCAGGCGCCCUUGAUGGGAGUGUCCCUUUGGGGCGGGACAGCCAGGGAUGCUGCAUUUCUCAGCGGGGCAGGAAUCAAUCCAAUGGUCCUUUUAAAAUGUGUAUUAAAAUUUUAAGAAUACCACACUUUAAUAUUAAAUAUUCAUAAGGUCUAGUAUCUUGAUAAUAAUGUAGAUGUUUUAAUAACGAUUUUUGUCCUUCUUAAAAUAAAAUGAAAGAAACUCGCUCCUUUCAGCCUUUGUUCUAGAAAAUAAACGUGUGCAUUUUGAC